CCGGUUUUGUGAUGAAUAGACACUUCUAUCCGCUUACUAUACUCAGAAAAAAAUCAGUUCAUUUGGGUAAAGAAUGACGAAAACAUUGAACAUUUUCUAACUCUAAGGACUUUACGGACACCCUAUAUGUUAAAAAAGUCAAAUGUUUUAUUUAGAUUAUUAACAGAAUAUACAUAGUAACACCCUCUUAUUUCGAUCAAUUCUCUCUAUCUAUUUGUUGCAAGCUCUAGAGUUAUUAAAAGAUAGAUACAGUUUUUAUAGGAAAAGUGUUAGAUGUGCGUGCUUAGUAAGAUGUUUAAGCAAAAAAAAUGAAUACAAAGGAGUGAAACCUAGUUGAUACUCCUUCUGAUUGCUCUUUUUCUUCUCUUAUGAAAUUAUAAAUGUGCAUGAUAUUUAUCGGGUUUUUAGUCAGUCAUCUGACAAUAGUUCAUUGUUCUGUUAUUAAAAGAGAGGGGCAAAACGAAAUGUGAAUGUAUAUAUAAAUAUACGACAAAGCAAUAAACUUAUAGCGAAUAGUGACUAUUGUAUAAUUAAUUCUUUCUUACUUUAAACUUCCUCAUUGCUUCACGUGUGGCAUAAAAUAUCAAUUAUUUUCUAUAGAACCACUUAUAAUCACGUAAGUUCCAAUGUUUCUUGUUCGAAUAAACAGCUCAGCAAUGAAAACGUAUUCUGGCUAGUAUUCUGGCCUAGACGAUUGUUAAUCUACUCAUUAAACUUAUUAGAAAAAGUUAUCCUCGUGUAACAAACUAAUUCUUCUAUCCCGGUAUCAUCUAGUUGCACAUAGGACAUAUUUACGCAUAAAAAUGAGAAAAUUAGAAUAGUUUGUACAUAGCAUUUAUGAUACUUCUGAUAGUGAACAAUUCCGUGUUAUUACUUAUUCAUUUUGCACUCUAUAUAUAGAAAGAUUUUCUGAGCCGAGACACCUGUGGAUAAAAAUGAUAUGGUAAAAUUACUCGUCAUAUAUCUUGUGUGGAAUCAUAGUAUGUAGUAGCUUUUUAUGGUAUCAUUUUCGAAAGUACAAUGCGAUUAUCACGACAUCAUGCUCAAACAUACAUUUAUAGGAGUUCAGUGAGUCCAGAAGAAAAAGCAUAUUUGAAUGUAUGAGAAUUUUCGAAAGAAACUUUUUCAAUAAUCUCUCACCCUAACCCUCUUAACGUUGAGCAACUUUUCAUUCUAACAAUUAGAUCAGCACAAAUAUUAAUCAAUAUAUGCGUCGGCACUCUUUCUUUUUUUACAAAAAAAGUUCUAUUUUUCUGCAAGAAAAAAGAGGACUUAUUUCUAUACUUUUUUAAGGUUGGUCAAAUAAAUUCUCAUGGAACAUGCAGGAAACUUAAAACAGACUGUAUACUUAUGAUACAAACUAAAAUUUUUAGAUUUAGAAAUAAGUUUCAAUAGUUAUCUAAUAGAAGAUAGAAGACAUGUGUGGUUAGUUUGUAACAUUUAUUAGUCACGUUAUUCUACAAUUCUUCUCAGAUUUUGCCAAAAUAGAGAGAAAAUCAUAGGCACAGAUUUUUCGUUGAUUGCCAUUGAUAUUAGAGCAAAAGUAUCAAGCGAAUCCUUCGUUAAAGGUUGUUAAAGUAGAAUUAUUUAAUAGCGUAACUUUCUUUUUAGGUAGUUAAUGAUGGAACAUUCGCAUACACGCUUAGUCCCAAUAUUCAUAUGUAUUUUUACGCUUCUAUUAAUUAAUCCGAUAUUAUGUCGAAUGAUUUAUUCAUCGAAUGAUGGUGGUUCUUUAUUUAUCAACAAUAAUCAAACACCAUUAGAAGAUGAACAUGAUAAUUUAUUACUCAGAGAUAUUCGGUCAGCACGUGAAUCCAUGUAUCGAGCAAAACAAAAACAUCGAUUAACAGGAAGAAAUAAUUACAAUUCACCAGAAGAACUUCGUGCCUACUGGAUUGAAUUGUUGAAUAACGCAAAAGGGAGAAAUCAUUAUGCACAUUCUUUCGAAAAGUGA